CUUUGUCAUCGAUGGAGCCACAGCUCUGUGGUGUGCGGCCGGAGCAGGUCACUUCGAGGUGGUCAAGCUGCUGGUGAGCCACGGAGCCAACGUCAACCACACUACAGUGACCAACUCCACCCCUCUGAGGGCAGCCUGCUUCGAUGGCAGGCUGGACAUUGUCAAAUACCUGGUAGAGAACAAUGCCAACAUCAGCAUAGCCAACAAGUACGACAACACCUGCCUCAUGAUCGCUGCGUACAAGGGCCACACGGACGUGGUGAGGUAUCUCCUGGAGCAGCAUGCUGACCCCAAUGCCAAGGCCCACUGUGGAGCCACAGCCUUGCACUUUGCAGCUGAGGCUGGGCACUUGGAGAUCGUGAGGGAGCUGGUCAAGUGGAAGGCAGCCAUGAUGGUCAACGGCCACGGGAUGACUCCAUUGAAGGUCGCUGCCGAGAGCUGCAAAGCUGACGUGGUGGAGCUGCUCCUUGCUCAUGUGGAUUGUGAUAGGAGGAGCAGGAUUGAAGCUCUGGAGCUUUUGGGUGCCUCAUUUGCUAACGAUAGAGAGAACUAUGAUAUACUGAAGACUUACCACUAUUUAUACCUAGCAAUGCUGGAGAGGUACCGAGAUAGUGAGAACAUCAUCGAGAAGGAGGUUCUUCCACAGAUUGAAGCUUAUGGGAGCAGGACUGAAUGCAGGACCCCUCAGGAACUAGAGUCUAUUAGGCAGGACAGAGAUGCCCUUCACAUGGAAGGGCUGAUUGUGAGGGAGAGGAUUCUGGGCUCAGACAAUAUCGAUGUGUCCCACCCCAUUAUUUACCGGGGGGCAGUGUAUGCUGAUAACAUGGAGUUUGAGCAGUGCAUCAAGCUGUGGCUCCAUGCCUUGCACCUAAGGCAGAAAGGCAACAGGAACACCCAUAAAGACCUCCUGAGGUUUGCUCAGGUCUUCUCCCAGAUGAUACACUUAAAUGAGCCUGUCAAGGCCAAGGACAUCGAGAGUGUCCUGCGGUGCAGCGUCUUGGAGAUUGAACAAGGCAUGUCCCGCAUCAAAACCACCCAAGACUCUGACAUCCACACAGCCAUGGACAACUAUGAGUGCAACAUCUUCACCUUUCUGUACUUGGUCUGCAUCUCCACCAAGACCCAGUGCAGUGAGGAGGAUCAGUCACGUAUCAACAAGCAGAUCUACAACCUGAUCCACCUGGACCCCAGGACCAGGGAUGGCUCCAGUUUGCUGCAUCAUGCUGUCAAUUCCAGCACUCCAGUUGACGACUUCCACACCAAUGAUGUCUGCAGCUUUCCCAACUCCCUGGUCACCAAGCUGCUGCUGGAUUGUGGUGCUGAUGUGAAUGCUGUGGACAAUGAGGGGAACAGCCCCCUCCACAUCAUUGUCCAGUACCACCGACCCAUCAGCGACUUCUUGACAUUGCAUUCCAUCAUCAUUAGCUUGGUGGAGGCUGGUGCUCACACAGACAUGACCAACAAGCAGAAGAAGACCCCUCUGGAUAAAAGCACCACUGGGGUGUCUGAAAUCCUCCUUAAAACUCAAAUGAAGCUGAGUCUCAAGUGCCUGGCUGCUCGUGCCGUGAGGAUCUACAACAUCACCUACCAAAACCAGAUCCCCAGAACUCUGGAGGAGUUUGUCCAGUUUCACUAG